AUCACAUGCCACGUCAAACCGUUGACGUUUCAAUUAUCUCAACAUCAGAUACUCCUAAAUAAAUAAGCUUUACCUCCCAUGGCGUCCUUCCGGACCGACAAAAUAGCUAAUAGCUUCUUACAAAUAGAGAGAGGAAAAAAAGCUUAAUUUGCCCGGAGAGAGAAAAUAAAGUAAAAAGAAAAUCUAAUUCUCUUCGGACAAACCCUAGGAAUUUCUCUUAUUCUGUUUUUCCAUCAUCGAUUCCAAGACCCAGAAAAAAUGACUACCUCAAGACGCCUUGCUGAUAGGAAGAACCAAAAGUUCCAGAAGAACGUCACAAGGAGGGGCGCUGUUCCCGAGACAACUGUCAAGAAGGGUAACGACUACCCAGUUGGUCCCGUUCUUUUGGGGUUCUUCGUAUUUGUUGUCAUUGGCUCCUCUCUGUUCCAGAUUAUCAGGACUGCCACAAGUGGAGGAAUGGCUUAAAUAUGGAAUGUGAUGUGAAGUUGUUAAAUCUUGUGCUUAGUCCACACAAUAGAAAUGGAGAUGUUUGUACCUAGUGUGUUGUUCUAACCCAGAUUAUGAAUAAAGAUGCACUCCUGCGUGCACAUUCUCUUAA